GCAGAUCACUGCUCUCCGACCCCUGCACCCAGAGACACACACACACACACACAGAGGGCUUGUGUGCGGGGAGAGGGCAGGGAAACCGCGCCUGACUUCUCCCCCCUCCCUCUGUCUCUGUCCACUGUUUAUCUUCAAUGGUUCAUCGCUGAUCCGCAGCCGAGACUCCCGCAACACAAAGGGAGCCCGCGAGUUUGCAUUUGAAGUAAGAAGCCCUGAUCCUAGCCUCUCUGUCCCCCUAUUCCCAUGCAAACGCCGGCGUUACAAGCAUGAGGACAAGUACGCGGUGGGACCUUCACUGAAAUAUUUUCCAGGCGAGACAAUUGCCCUGCUGUGAACAAUCUGCUUCCCCGUCCACAGAGGCACAGCAGCGACUUCUAAAAGAAACCUGUCUUGCGUGGGGUGCGUUUGUUUAAUCAAACGGAAUAUACCUAACGGAGGAAUAAAAAAACAUUUCAGAGAUCGGCGUGAGUAGGGGACAGUUGCUAAUUGCUCAAGUCGUUUAAAAAUGGGCAAAAUGUUGGGGCUUUAAGGUCUGAAGAUGCAGUGGACCCCGGAGCAUGCCCAACCUCUGAGCCAGUGGCCAGAGCAGCACUUUGACAUCUCGUCCACCACCCGAUCUCCUGCCCACAAGGCGGACGUAUUCAGGGGGCACCUGCAACGCACCUACCAAUACGCCUGGGCCAACGAUGACAUCUCAGCCUUGACCGCCUCCAACCUGCUGAAGAAAUACGCCGAGAAGUAUUCGGGCAUCUUGGAGGGCCCCAGCGAGCGGUCCAUCCUGGGUAGCUACGUGGAAGGUCCCCCGGGCCUGUCCAACGGGAGGAAGGCCGAGGGCGAGGGCUGGCAGGCCUCGGUCAACUCGGACGGUGUCUACUCCAUGACCUGCGUCCCCGACGUCAUCUCGGGAGGAAAGGGCGGGGUAGGGGCCUCUGCGGAAGCUUCCGGAAGCAUCGGGAGCUCCCCCGGCGUGCCCACCAACCUGCCGGAGACCAGCUACUCCAACAGUACCUGCGGCAGCCUGCACUCUGGCCUACCGGCGGUCGGUGGGCCUCAGGACUAUGCCGCUGCCUACAACGGCUCCUACCUUCAUUCCAGCUACACCGGGCAGCCCUCCCCUCACCCCUCAAGCCUCCUGCAGCCUCCCCCUCCCCCUUCCCUAGUUCCCGCCUACACCGCCGGCUCGCCGAACCUUUCCGCCGGGGCCUACAACUACCCGGCUGCAGCCUACACCUCGCAGGCCCCCGCGGGGCCCGGCUACACCUCCGGCUCAGGCCCCCCCUCCUCUCCCUACCUGCCGUCAGGCAUCGCUGCCCCCACCCCUCUGCCCCCCACCACGGUGCCCAGCUACGGCUACCAAGGCCACGGCCUGACUCCCGUGGCCCCCACGCCGCUCCUCAGUAGCCCGCCCAACUCGCUGAAGAGGAAGGCCUUCUACAUGGCGGGGCAAGGGGAGAUGGAGGCAGGCUAUGGACCUUACGGCUACGGGCACCAGCGGACUGCGCACAGUCCCAUGUACAGGAUGGCGGACGGCACCAUGCCCAAUGCGGGCUUCGAGCGCAGCCCCGACACGGCGUCCUUGGCCUUCAAGCCCACCAAGCAGCUGAUGGUGUCCGAGCAGCAGCGCAAGUUCGGCGGGCAGCCCGGCCGCUCCGCCACCCCUCCCUCCUCCUCCUACGCCAAAACAUCCCUGGGACCCUCCAGGACGGCCGAGGGCUUUGGGAAAUUUACCUCGCUGCACCCCGUCCAAGGCUCCGCCGGCUCCCGACCCAACCGACCGGCCGACGAGCAGUUGAAGAAGACAGAAGCCCACCUCAUCGAGCUGGUGUCCAACGAGAUUAUCAGCCAGGCACCCCCGUUGGACUGGGGCGACAUAGCGGGGCUGGAGAUGGCCAAGGCGGCUGUCAAGGAAGAGGUGUUGUGGCCGAUGCUCAGGCCGGACGUCUUCACCGGACUCGGUGCCCCGCCGCGAAGCCUCCUCUUCUUCGGCCCUCAAGGGACGGGCAAGACGCUGCUGGGCCGCUGCAUAGCCAACCAGCUGGGUGCCUCCUUCUUCAGGAUCAACGGCUCCGCACUUAUCUCCAAGUGGCUGGGGGAAGGCGACAAAGUCAUCCAAGCCUCCUUCUUGGUGGCCCGUUGCAGGCAGCCCGCUGUGGUUUUCAUCAGUGAGGCCGACCUGCUUCUCUCGUCGCAAGUCAACGAGGAGUCCAGCCCCAUCGGCCGCGUCAAGACGGAGCUCCUGGUGCAGUUGGACAGGUUGGUGACCUCCUUGGAGGACCAAGUGUUGGUCAUCUGCUCCACCAGCAAGCCCGAAGAUCUGGAUGAGACAGCGCGCAGGUACUUCAUGAAACGACUCUUAAUCCCGUUGCCCGACGGGCCGGCCAGGCAUCAGAUGGUGCUACACUUGCUCUCGCAACACAACUACUGUCUCAGCGACAAGGAGAUUGCACUGAUUGUGCAACGUGCCGAGAACCUCUCGGGCUUGGAUGUUGCCCGGUUGUGUCAGGAGGCAGUGGUGGGACCUCUCCACGCCAUGCAAGGCACGGACCUCUCGGCCAUCAUGCCCAACCAGUUGAGACCCAUCACUUACCAGGACCUUGAUAAUGCUUUCUGCAAGAUCCAGCCAAGUAUCUCCCAGAAAGAUCUGGAUGUGUACGUUGAAUGGAACAAAAUGUUUGGCUCUAGCCAAUGAUAACAGGCAGUGAUUGUGGGUGACAGUAUUGUGCUACACGGGGAUUAGAAACCCCUUUUUCAGUAGUAUUGCAGAUGAAAGAGGUACUGAGGAGGCCACUGACCUUGGCAAAUGACUAGAGUCGGGUACACUUGAAGGCAGAGCGCAAAGUCGAAGCGAGCUGUAUAAUCGUGAAAAGCUUGCGUCAAAGCCAAGUUCCUCUCAAAGAUCCCGCUCACCAAAAGAUGCGGAGAGAAAUGGGGUUGCUGUCAAAGGUUGCCAGCCCUCUUGUGUCAAUUCCAUUCUGCUCUUCUUGAGAUUCAGUUGCUGUCAAGUGCCUGAAGUGGUGCUUUAUUAUUUUUUAUUUUUAUUUUUUUUUGCCUCACAAUUCAGUUGGUGGCAUGUGCUAACACACAAGAGCUGUAACUUUAAACGGUUUUUAUUUGAACAAGAUAUUUGUUGAGAAAAUAUCGUCACAGGAGGUUUCUUGCCAACUUUUUUUGCCAUUCUUAGGACAACAAUAUUCCUCAAAAAAAAAAACCUGUCUUGUUGUGCAGUAUCACCUGCAAACAGUUAUACGCAGGGUAUCGAUAAUCUGGACCUUAAUUUUAGCAGUUCAGUUCUUUUAAUCUUUGGUCCACAAAUACUCAGGAAUGUGUGAUUUGUACCUCAAUAGAAUGUCUUUGGAAGCACUAUGUACUGCUGACAGUCAUAGUCUGGGUUUCUCAUUACUGAUAUUACUGUACGUUUACCUCAAAAAAAUUUAAAUGAAUAGGGAGGAGAUGACUUUGAAUGUAUCCGGGUUUAUUCUGAAGUGGUUUGUCAAAGCCUUUUACACUGUUUGGCCGUCCCAGGCUUGAAGCAGAAGGAUAAAUCCUUAUAG